AUGGCCCUCGACGGCGACCUCGAAUACCCUCCGCGUCUGUCCGAGGAAGCCGGUCUGUCGCUGGUCUCGCAGAUCCUAGACUGGCAGAUCAACCAUGGCUCUCUCCUCAAGCGCAUCGACUCGCAGACCGACCAUAGCGUCCUGACCUACCCCAUCGGUGUCGCCGUCUUCCCCACCCUCUUUCCGCGCCGUCUGUUCGACCAUGCCUUGCGCCUACAAUCCAUCUACAAUGAACUCUACUGCCGGGUCGCUGAAGAUGAGGGGUGGAUCUCUGGGGUCAUCCGGGACUUGCUCCCUGUCGAUCCCUUGGCUGCGACGCUGUGGGAUAUUCACCAAGAAGUGAAGAAAGCCACUCCUCCGGGGACUGUCCUCUCGGCGGGAAUCUUUCGCUCCGAUUACAUGCUUCAGGGUCCAACCGCUCAGCUGGGCACGGGCUCUGACCGGCCUGCAAAUCUGAGUCUCAGGCAAGUUGAAUUCAACACCUUCUCUUGUGCGGGGGCCGCCCACGCCAACAAGGUCGCGGACAUGCAUCGCUACCUGGCCCGGACGGGCGCUUACAAUGAGGGACGCGAACGUCAGAAUCCUGUCGCCGUGUCCGCCCUUCCCCGAAACGCCAAUAUUGAGUCGCUAGCAGCCUGCCUGUCGGCCGCUCACCUUGCCUACGGACCGAAACGAAGCCGAACCGCGACCGAGACGGCAAUCCUGUUUGUCGUUCAGCCCGACAAUUUCAACAUUGCCGACGAGCGACCCGUGGAAUAUGCGCUGUGGAACCGAGAUCCCUCAAUCCCGGUCUAUCGGACUGACUAUGGCGACGAUCUUCUCCAACGUACCUCCCUGACCGAGUCGCGCGAGUUGCUUUUCCAUCCUCUAGGCCGAAAAGGACCAGCCCUCGAAGUUUCGGUGGUAUAUAUGCGGGCCGGGUACGAGGCGCAGGAGUAUGACGAGGUCGGUAGGCAGGCGCGUUUGCGGCUGGAGCUAUCUGUGGCCGUCAAAUGCCCGUCGCUGCUCGGACACAUUUGCACCUUCAAGAAAGUCCAACAAGCACUCACCUCCCCGGGAGAGCUGGAGCGCUUUCUGUCCCCAGACAAGGCCGCUCUGGUUCGAUCUACCUUCGCUCGGGCCUAUCCACUAGAUGAAUCCGAAGCCGGGUUGUACGGUCGCAGUCUGGCAACCGACCCGCAAACUGCCCAUGGGUAUAUACUAAAGCCAUCCCUGGAAGGCGGCGGCCACAACAUUUUCGGCCCGGCCAUUCCCGCGUUCCUGUCCUCGAUCCCUUCCUCUGCCUGGUGCGCAUACAUUUUGAUGGAGCGAAUUGCGACCCCCCGCGUGCAGAAUAUCUUGUUGUCGGCCUCGGGCCUCGACAUCGGGGGCGUGAUUUCCGAACUAGGUGUCUUGGGCACCUGUUUGUGGAAAAGGGCUCCGGACGGUGUCACCUGCGACAUCCUCCAAAAUACAGUUGCUGGAUGGUCUUUCAAAACGAAGUAUGACUACGUGGACGAGAUGAGCGUGGUGAAGGGAUACGGAUGUUUCGACACCCCCCUACUCAUCUAG